AUGUUAGCCCACACAUCUUUCAACUCUGCAGCUUUUGCGGAGGCGUGCCUGCCACCUAGCGAAGCGGAUUGCGUCUCAUUUGCGCGCGAUCGGGGUGUUGUGGGGCGGAGUAAAUGGCUUGGUUCAAUCAAAGUGUCGAGCAUUCAAAGAUGUGUGUGGUGGCAUUGCAGCUUUCGCGUUUCAAAAGCAGUGCUGAGCAAGAAGUCUGCAGAAAUCAUCGCAGUUUUACCCGAAAGCAUGGGCAGCAAAACAUGCCGUUGUUCACGUGAAGACCAGGCCCUUUCUGGGAAGACCGACAGCCUUGCACGAACAUACUCCGCUGUGUCCAGUCAAGGCCUCUCAUUGAGGAGACUCUUUAGACUGGCGUCUCGGAACACCGUGGCCGCCUGCGUGGCUGUCAAGCCCCUGCCCAGGCACUGCAGCAAAUCUUGCGCUGGCUGA